AUAAAGGCGGAGCUUUCCCGGUUCCCUCCUCCCAGUCUGCCGGACAAAUCAGACGAACUCAGCAGACAGAGGAACAACAUGGAUCCGAACACGACGAUUCUGCGAGUCAAGCGGAAAAGGGGGACCGACCCGGCCGAUGCGUUGUUGUUGGCGUGUAAACGUAUCCGGCCGGAGACGUCCCAGGGCUCGGGCGAACCGGUACCGGAGCCAAAUGAAGCCGAGGUGGAAAAUUCAGUCUUCAAACUCGUGGCGACCGUAGCGACACAGGAUGCUCCUGUUCAGACCCAGGUGCGACAGGCUUUGGCUCGGCCUCGCAUGGCCCACGCACUGCGCCCCUCUGCUGCCACUUCCCAACGGAUCAUCGGGGGCCUCCGGAGCACAAAGUGGAGCACCCGGAGGGAGGAACGCUACAGAAUCCUCUCCAGCCACCGGACGGGGCUGUCGAGCUCAGCGGAGCAGCAAACCGACCACACGGAAGCUGCGGAUGGUGUAGAGGAAACUGGGAAAGAGCAGGACAAAUUUGGUCUCUGUGCAAUCCAGGUGGUUGAUCUCCUACAUGAGGAGGUAGAGGACCAGGACAAAUCUAGCAAGACGCUGUCCUCAGACCCAGAAGUGAUCCUGUGUAACAGCACCAAGAUGCUGCGGGAGCGCCUGAGCAUCACCGGCGACAGACUGGGGGAGGACCACCGGGAGCAGGACGACGACUACGUCUACGAUCUCUACUACCAGGAAAUGGUCGCACCCGGCUGGAUCCAGGACAUCCUGUCUGUCAGGGCCUACACCGAUGAGGGAGACUGGUGUGUGCCUGACGUUGUGGUUCGUGAAGAGGAGGUGUAUGAAGACGAGGACGAUGAAAACGAGGAAGGCAACUGGAAUGACUACCCCGACGAGGGGAGCGAUGCAGACAGCGACCGCGAGGAGCGCUAUGGCGGUUACUGGGAGGAGGAGCACUCGUACAGCCAGAGGAGCUGGGGCCGCUACCAGAGGGAGGUGCUGCAGGAGCUGGACUGUCGCGGUGAAGAUGACAAUGAGGAUGAUGAUGGAGACAAAUAUAAUUCCGAUUGAUCUAUUCCUUACCCCCAUGGCUUUCACUGGAUCUUCCCCAUGCACUCAACACAAAUGAUCACCAUACCCCAUAGUCCUCUGUGUAGGCGAGAGUGGAGGGAAACACCUGCUGCAAUGGCACGUA